GUCGAGCACGACAAGCAGCCAAGGAUGUGGACUGGGACCGCAUUGAGAGAGACGACGGUGCAGCUGAGCUACUGCGACACAUUCGUGCCAAGCUCGGUGCUCAGCCCAUCCAGGAUGCAGGCAAAUAUCUGGCCAGAUGGAUCUUCGAUCUUCGCCGAGACACUGGAGAGCCAAUGCCGAGCUACAUAAGCAGAGACGAUGAGGCCUACCACGACGUGGUCAAGGGUUUCGACACCGAGUAUUUCAAGAAGCAGCGCACGGCUCGGCUGUCGGCAAGGUCAAAGGAAUGGAACACCCUCUACUCGGAGCUCAACUGGUUCUUGUACAAGAUCGAGCAGGAGGGCCCGGAGGACGCCGCCGACAAGGCCAAGGAGUUGAACCACCAGCUCUGGAACUUCAUCCGGACAGGUCUUGAGGAGAUCCCCGAGCAUCCGGAUUUCGGAACCGACUUCAAACAGGCGAUUCCCCUUGACCAGCUGCGCGGAUGGCUACUGCUGCAGAGAUCAAGACUUUCCCCGACGGAGCGUGCGGCAGUUAUCAGCGCAGUCAAAGGCAACUUCGACUACGACAGCAUCGGCGAGCAGCUAAGAGUAUCUUGGCCAGAUGACGAGCUGACGAACAGAGAUAAGAAGCACGGCAAGGACAACCAUCGCCAUCGAGAGCGAGGUCGGAUCCAUGCCGGCUGGGAGGAGAACAGCGAGGACGACGACGACUACAGCUACUACGAUGGCGACCAGUCGGAGGCCACCUAUGAGGACGCGGACGGCGACGAGGACGAAGGAGAUCCCGAGGAGCCGCUCUACAGCGCCCAGGAGAUCGAGGAGGCCGAGACCGCGUUCGCCGCCCAGCAGCGCAGUUUCGAAGAAGCUCGGGAUCUACUCCGACGAGUGAAGACCGCCAGGAAGUUCUACCCCGUGGAUGAGAACAAGAAGCGAGAAGGUUUCGGAGCCUACGUGUUCUUCGGCGCCGAGCAGGACGCCGAGAUGGAGGCGAAUCUCAUCAGGAACGAGACCUCGCGCCUGGAGCUGGAGACGACGCUCAACAAUAAGCCAGUGAUCAAGAAUCGACCGAAGCUUCCAAAGAAACAGCUCGAGAAGACGAUGUACCUAGAGGUGGAGAAAUCCAUCGAGAGGCGGGAGCAAGUCCAUCAUGUGAAGCUACCGAGCUGGCCAACCCUGGAGAAGCUAGACGACUGGAUCCUCAUGAGUGUGAAGCAGAGCUCCUCCAAGGGCUUCGGUAUUCUGGACAUCGGCGCGACCUCCAGCAUCAUGGGCAUCGAGGCUGCCGAGAACCUACGCGAUAUCAUCUAUGAGCAGACGGGCAAAAACAUCAAGAUGGACGUUAGCCAGAAGAGUACCUUUAUCUUUGGAGAUGGCAACGCCAAGACCUGCACCGGCAAGGCAACCUUUCCUCUGAUGAUCGCCGGUGUGGAUGGCGAGCUCGAGAUAAACAUCCUCGACGCAGAUGCCCCGCUCUUGAUCGGAGUGGAUGUUUUGAGCCGCCUAGGAGCUGUGAUCGACUGCGAGGCGCAUUCUGUCUACUUCAAGAAGCUCGGGCGCCGAGCUGAACUGCUCGUCCUUCCGAGCGGCCUCAGGUACAUCAUCAUCAUUUACGAGUACGGGGGCACCAUCACCAAUUACGCCUACAGCAACAUCAUCAUCAUUUACAAGUACGGGGACAUCAUUAAUUACGUCGGGGACAUCAUCCCUUACGUCGGGGACAUCAUCACUUACGUCGGGGACAUCAUCACUUACGUCAGGGACAUCAUCCGUAUCAGCCCCGGCUCCAUCACCUACGGCAUUAUCGGAGUUAUCUCCAGAGCCCUGAGCUCCGACAACAUCCAGUUGGCCCUACAUAUUCGCAUGAGCCUCAACCGCGAGGCGAAAUGUCGCAAAGCAGAGAGCCAGCAGAUCAAGCUGGAGAACGAGGAGAUGGAUGGCCCAUGGGAGCAGGUGGAUGUUCGGGCCCCGCUACCGGACUCGGGAUCAUCGGCGGCGACCUCCACGUCGACGCCGGCACGGCCUACACUACAACGGAUGCAGCCGCGGGGGCGACUGAUCGCUCAUCAGGACGUGAGGGGCCACAUCUUCUACACGAUCGAGGGCUCGGAGCAGGACAACAGCAUGAAGCGGAUGACGGAUACCUUCCUGCAGGAGCACCUACCGAACUGGGAGAUGUGGUCCAGCAAGCUCCUCCAGCAGUGGACGCAGUGCCGUCGCUGGGGACGAAUCAUCCAGAAGGUCUUCAUCAAGACGAUCGACCGUGUGAACUGGAAGCUGGACAGCCUCGGACUACCUGUGCAGUUGCUACCCGAGAGGUACCCGACCUGGCCGGCGGACAUCGAGCAUCGUGCGAAGAUCGAGCCGCGCCAGCCGUGCACGGAGCCGAAGCAGCGCCCCCUGUCCCAGAAGUCAGCAGCCUCAGCAGCCGCGCGCGAGCAGAAUCAAGAGCUGCGAGCCACCAUCGAGACCGCAAAGUUAGAUUUCUUGACCAAGUUUGCGGAGGUGGAUGCGUUUGCAGCGCUGAGCUCGGAGCAGAUCCACGAGCAGCUCAGCAUGGUCACGUUGGUCAACCACCUCAAGCCGCUGUGCAAGAUGUGGGGACUGACCCAGACUGGCAAGAAGGAGGAGGUGAUCGACAAGAUCAUCGCGUACAUCAUCGAGCAGCGCGGCACGGCGGCAGCGACUAUCCAGAUCAAGAAGGAGACGGAGACCAAGAAGAUGGAGACGACGGCAAUGCCCGUGGGCCCGGCGAUCUCAGCUCACUACACUCAGAUGUGCCAGCACCCGGACUGCAAGCUACGCCGAUGCAUCGCCAAGAACGAGCCGAUCGUGAAGAUGAGGCUCUACGGUUGGUGCCACCAGGCGUGUGCGGUCAGGUCGGCCAUUUUCGGAGCUAUGUGCGCCCUCGCAACCUUCGGCCGCCUGACGAUGGUCGAAGCGUGCACCCACGAGGACUCGAAUCUCGGGAAGGUGUGCGACGAGAAGGGCUACCACUACGAGCGGCUCGGCCUCUUCAACGAGAACGACCUCAGCAAGCCGCAGGGCUACCACAAGGCGAAGUUCCUGCUAGACGAGAAGCGCCCGGAGCUCUUCGUCAGUACACCACCCUGCGGUCCAUGGUCGAUAAUGCAGAACGUCAACCAGCGCAACGAUCAACAGAAGGAGAACCUUCGCAGGAAGCGGCUCAAGAGCCAGCGGAUCUUCGAGAACAACAAGAGGCUCAUCGAGCACCAGGUGCUCAACCUGAACGGCUCGGCCCUCGCCGAGCAGCCCCACAACAGUCGGUCGUGGCAGAAGACCUGCUGGAAGGAUCUCCACAAGAUACUACCGUACGAGGUGAUCGUGGAUGGCUGCGCCUGCGGACUACGAGCCCCUGACACGGGCGAGCUCAUGAAGAAGCGCUGGAAGUUCCUGACGAAUGACAGGAGGAUCUGGGUAGCCCUACAACCUCUACAGUGCCGUGGAGGACACUACCACGAGGAGAUAGAGAGCAGCUUGAGGACCGAGGCCUCGGGCUCCUACCCCAAGAUGCUGUGCCGCCGGAUCCUCAGGGCCCUGACCAAGAGCCAGAACCAGAACUACUUCGAGGACGAGGUUGUGAACUGCCUCUGCAUGGCAGCUACCCAGCAGCCACCGACAGAGCCUACGCCAGAGGAGGACGAGCCGACUCUUCCACCACGAGACGGCAAGGAAGCGCACAACCUCACCAACGAGACGGUCAAGAAGCUCGAGAGCUACAUCAGAUUGGUUCAUACCAACCUCGGACACCUACCUCGAGCUCAUCUACUGCGAUACCUUCGCGACCGUGGCGCUCGACCAGAGGUGCUACGUCUAGCCAGAACCUUCAAGUGCGACAUCUGUGACGCACAUCGACCACCUACUAAGCGGCCACCAGCCUCAUCAGCAGAGCAGCCCCAAAACGGUCACGAGGUGCUUUUUGACGCUUUCUCGUGGAUCCGUCGCAGCACGAACACGAACGUGAUGGCGCUGGCGAUACUCGACGCCGGCUCGGACAUCCUCUACGUGCGGCUGAUCGACGAGAAGCCGAUCCCGGGUACGACUCGACAAGUUCGUGCCGGCGACCUUCGGCAUAUCUUUGCUACAAAAUGGUUCCCCUGGAUGGGACGCCCGAAGGUCAUGCGCUACGACCCUGCCGGCAGCGCCAUCUCCGACGAGUUCCGCGAGUGGAUCGAGAGCCAGGGAGUCUACUGUCUCCCAUGCGCGGCCGACGCCCACUGGCAGAUCGGCAAGAUCGAGCGCGCCAUUGAAGCCUUCAAGGAGGCCCUCGACGCUUUCGACGAGAUGGUCUCAGCCGAAGUACCCACCAGCGAGAUGCUCGGACUCCAGACGGCGGCCAGGAACGACCUGAUCAGGAUCGACGGGUUCAGCCCGCUGCAGCGCUAUGCGGGACGGACGCCGACUGGGACGACAGUCAAUCUGUCGGACGAGCCGAACAACCUGCCGCUCAUUAGUGCCGAGCUGCAGGACGGUACCUUCAGCAGGGACGCCCAGGUACGACGAAUGGCGCGGCUGGCUCACAUCCAGACCGAGAACUCUGACCGAGUUAAGCGAGCGGAGGCCGCGCGCUUCAGGUCCUUCAAGAAGUACGAGACGGGCGAUCUGGACGCUGGUACGGACCUGGACGAGUACUUUGUCACGAGCCAGCGAGCUCGGGACACCGACCUGCCGGGGACCUGGACCUUCGGCGAUGUCCAGAAGCAGCUCGACACUAACGAAGUGAUCGACUUGUCGAACGAGUCCCCGCCCACUGGCGAGGAUUUGGCCGCUGAUGACGGUGAAUCGGUCAGCGCCCGCACCUUCGAGAGCAACGCGAGCGGACCCUGGGCCAUUUCUGAGGUCCAGGAACCUCUCAUCCAGCCAGCUCAGCCAGAAGCUCCACCAGGCAUUCCACAGGAAGACGGCCACGAAGCUGGACUACCCGAAGCAGCUGAGCAGCCCAUCGAGGAGGAGAUCGUCAUGGAAGCCCCUCCCGGCGACGACCAGGAGGAGCGCGCGUCGCAGCGGCCCAUCGUGGCGGAGACUGACGAUGACCUCGACGAUAUCUCAGCGCCCGACGUGAACGAUAAGCGCCGGAUCCGAGAGCCCGGCACAACCGAGCCCCCGGCUAAGAAGCAGCGGGUCAACGCUGCGACCCAGGAGGCCUUCUCCUACUACCUGCAGGAGGGUAACUUCUACAGCGACUAUGCCUACAGUGUCCAGCAGUACGACGAUAUGAAGGAGAACGACGAACUCAUCGUGCUGGACAUCCCUGUCAGCAACGAGCAUACGUUCAUGGCCUACAUGGACGACCCCAGCAACUUCGUGGCAUCGCAGGCCCGCAAGGGCCGAGUGGAGGUCUCAUUUAAGAAGGCGACGCCUGAGGAGAAGAAGCUGCUACUCGAGGCCCAGCAGAAGGAGUGCACCUCAGUCCUCAGCACAAAGGCCGUCAGGAUCCUCAGCCGACAGGGGAUCGACCCGGCGCGCCUGCUGCGCUGUCGCUUCGUGCUGACCUGGAAGAAGGACACGCUCAAGACGCUGCAGCUGGAGGUGAUACAGUGCGAGCCGUGCGUCUGGGUCAUUCGAGACGGCACGAAGCUGGUCGGCAUGGUUAUCCUACACGUCGACGACAUGAUGAUCGCCGGCGACCAUCACAACUCGGCCUUCCUCAAGAAACGACAGAAGAUACAACAGGCCUUCGAGUGGACACCUUGGGAGAGCCGAGCGUUUGUGCAGUGCGGCAUCAGUAUUCGACAGAAUGAGGACUACACCUGCAGUCUCGCACAGGACAGCUACAGCCUGAACGUGGAGCCCAUCAAGAUACGACGUGGACGCAAGCCCACGGAAGGAGUUUCAGACAAAGAGAGAUCAGAUCUACGAGGCCGACUUGGUACAGUCGGAUGGCGAGCUCAGCAGUCGGCCCCGUGGCUCAGUGCAGAAGUCUCUCUACUCCAAGCGGAGAUACCUACGGCGACGGUCUCUACCAUCCAGAAGAUCAACAAGCUGAUCCGCACCAUGAAUGACACUGCCGACGUGGUCAUGCUCAUCCCGGCCAUCGAGCAGAUCGCUGUGGUUGGCUGGGGCGAUGCUGCCUGGGCCGCUCGUAUCACUGGCGAGUCCCAGGGUGGCGAGAUGAUCGUGCUGGCACCACUGUCUUUCCUGAGUGGCUCGACAGAGACGGUAGCGCCUAUCUCAUGGAGAUCAUGCAAACUACCGCGAGUGGCCAGAAGCAGUACGAGUGCGGAGGUUCAGAUGAUGACAGAGACCCUCGACGAGAUCAGCUACGUGCGCCUGUUCAUCUACGAGCUGGAGUGCGGCCAAGUGGACUACACCAACAAGCAACACGUGAACGACGCCAUCUCAUCCUGCCCUGGCGUACUGGUCACAGACGGUAAGUCGGGCUACGACGCGAUCGAGAAGAGCGAGUCAGCUGGUCUCGGCCUACGUGAUAAGCGGACGAGCAUCGAGUGUCUAGGCAUUCGACAGCAGAAGGAGCAGACGGCCCUCCAGAUACGCUGGGUCCACAGCGAUGCCAUGCUAGCCGACGGCCUCACCAAGGAUCGAGCCGCCAAGGUCUUGCUGGAGUUCUUCCGGUCAGGUCAGCGCUGGAGACUCGUGGACGACCCCCUGCACCGCAGUGCUAGGAAGCGCAAGACCGAGGGCAUGGACAGGCUGGACCACGGCAAGCCGUUGUCAGCAGAUGACGAUGAAGCUAUGCUGGAGGCCCUGAUCUACUUCGCUCGCGACAAUCCCUACGAGCAGGAGACCCCUGCCGGAGAUAUAGCCCUUUGGGGCACUGUGAAGCCUCUCACGCGCUCUGUGCUUUCUGUGAAUUCAGUUGCCAGAGGCAGGUCUCGAUGCCGUAACAUCGAUCUUUAG